AUGGGGAGGGAUGAGGAGGGAAGAACAUGGGUGGAGGAGGAGGAGGAGGAGGAGGAGGAGGAGGAGGAGGGUGAUGCGACCGCAGCAGUGCUGGAAGAGCAGCUUCAGGAGGAGGAUCGGUUGGUGGAGCGUAUUGAGGAGAUUAAAGACCUCCUUAGACCGUCCAGACUGGACAACGAAGCCACUAUGCAGGACAACGAAGCCACUCUGCAGGACAACGAAGCCACUCUGCAGGACAACGAAGCCACUCUGCAGGACAACGAAGCCACUCUGCAGGACAACGAAGCCACUAUGCAGGACAACGAAGCCACUCUGCGGGACAACGAAGCCACUCUGCAGGACAACGAAGCCACAAUACUGGCCACAGAAUCUCAAGUGUUAGUGAAACUCCCUUCCCCUUCCCCACCCCCUCAACCCCUCUUCAACUUUACGUCACUCCCACGCCUGGCCCUUCCUUCCAAGACCCACCUCUUUCCCCUCCCCCCCACACGCCUUCCAGCUGACAAUGACUAUCUAGUGCGGCAUCUGGAGUCUUUACUGCACAUGCCGAUGACCCUCGAAGCCUUGCGGGUGACGGAGGUGGGCAAGAGAGUGAACUCGUUCCGCAACCACCCAUCAGAGAAAGUGCGCGCCAUCACUAGACAGCUCAUCGGGAUCUCAUCAAAGAGUGCCGCAAGAGUGCAGCAGGUGAUCACUGCACCAACUCACAAAUCUCUUUCUUCCCUCACUCCUUCCCAUCCCUUCGCUGUUCCCCGUCAUCCCAUCCCUCGCCGCAGUGCAUGGAAGGAUCUCGUGAAUGAGUGUCGCAAGAGUGCAGCAGCCGUGGCCAGUGAGUCCCCUGCUCCCUUCCUCUCUUCCUUUGCUCUCUUCCUUAGCUCUCUUACUUUCACCUCUCCCCUUCCUCUCUUCCUUUGCUCUCUUCCUUUGCUCUCUUCCUUUGCUCUCUUCCUUAGCUCUCUUACUUUCACCUCUCCCCUUCCUCUCUCCCCUUCCUCUCUCCCCUUCCUCUCUCCCCUUCCUCUCUCCCCUUCCUCUCUCCCCUUCCUCUCUCCCCUUCUUCUCUCCCCUUCCUCUCUCCCCUUCCUCUCUCCCCUUCCUCUCUCCCCUUUCUCUCUCCCCUUCCUCUCUCCCCUUCCUCUCUCCCCUUCCUCUCUCUCUUCCUCGCUCCCUCCUUCUCUGAAUCUCUGCCUCGCCCCCUCCCUUGCUCUCUGUCGCUCUCUGGUCCACAGCAGGCCUACCAGAGGACGUGUCAUCGGGGCCUUUUCAUCGCCCCCUCAUGCUGUGUCACCUGCUCUCCUGCUCCCCUUCCCUCCCGCCGUCGCUGCUCUCCCUGCUCCCUGCCAUCCCCCAGGGUCCACAGCAGGCCUACCAGAGGACUUGUCAUCAGGCCUGCCAUCGCCCCCACUGGAUGAGAGUGCCCUGCUGCAGGGGAGGAGCAUUGCCAUGGGGGCUAGCGAGUUGUUCCGUGACUUUGGUCUUGGCCUCGACAGCGGCUCAUGUGAGUCCUCUCCUGCUCGCCCCUUCCCUCUCCUUACUCCCUUCCCUCUCCUGGCUUCUUUCCCUCUCCCCGUGCUAUUUGUAUCCGAUGGAAGCCCUGACAACUACCGCGCUCCACCACCCCACGACGACGUAGCUUCAUCCCCACCUGUUUAUAACAGAACUCCUGCUUACAACAGCAACCCUGCUUAUAACAAGAGCAAGCCACGGUAUACCGGGGACAGGCAGGAAGCACGCGAGGCGCAGGGUCGGGCUGGCAACAGCAGUGCUGGCGCUCUGAUAAAAAAGAACAAGGAGAGGAGGGAGAAGAGAGGGGAGGAGGAGAUGAUAGGGAGCGAUGGCUUUGGGGGAAACAGGGGGGGGAACAUCGUGAAGGACAGGGUGAGGGAGAAGAGAGGGGAGGAGGAGAUGGUAGGGAGCGAUGGGUUUGGGGGGAGCAAGGGGGCGAGCAUUCAGAAGGAGAGGGCAAGGGAAAAGCUUAAGGACAGGGAGCUGGAGAGGGAGAGGGAGAAGAAACGGAAUGUGGUGUCUGGGCUUGCUGCUGCUGGCGUUUCAAGCAUGGACAGGCAGGGUGGUGCAGGACAGAUGAUGGGCAGAGCAGCAGGACGAGGGCGAGGAGGAGUAGGAGGAGAGGGGUCACCUUUGCAGAGGCGUUUGAUUCAAGGCGCUAAGGAGAGGGAGAGGGAAAGGGAGAGGUCUGUGUCGCCGUACCGGCCCACUGCGCCUGCGUACGGCAGGAGCCUCACCCCUCCGCCCAACAUGCGAUCCGAGUUUGCAGCAGGGGGCGGAGGAACAGAGAAGGAGCGCCUGGAGUUGGCUUUUGCAGCAGGGGGUGGAGGAACAGAGAAGGAGCGCCUGGAGUUGGCCAAGAGGAAGCUGCACGAGCGGUACCAAGGGAUCCAGGACGCCAAGAAGCAGCGCACCAUUCAGGUGGUGGGCCCGGGCGCAGUGAAGGGAUCCAAGAAGCAGCGCACCAUUCAGGUGGUGGAUCCGGGGGCAGUGAAGGGCGGCAAGGCGAAGCCCAGGUUUGCCUUCUCUCACAACGCGCGAGGGGGGGGAGCAGGUGGUGGUGGCGGGAGGUUUGGGCGGAGGUAG